GUGAUUUGUGAAUUUUGGGAUAAGGUUAAGCUUAUCCGCAGCGCCACUGUUCCUUGGCAAAAUCUCCUCCAUGCAAAUAUUGAAAUACAAGAUUUCCAUUUCCUUCCUCCGAUCCUCUAUCUUAUUCCGGCGACGUCGAUCUCAUUAACCCAGCUGCUGCUGCCGCCGACUCGCGCCAAUCUCCUGUAUGAGAGGAGGCGAUUUCUGGAUUUCUGGGCUAGUUGGGUUUGUCGUGCUGUAGUCGUUUUUUGUUCGUUUUAAGCUUCAUUUUGGAGGGAAAAUUGCAGCUCGUAUUCUGAGCUGAUAAUUAGGGUAUGGCGGCUUAUGGUGCAGCGGCUUCUCUCAAGAAUACGAUUCUGCGUAUUCUACAAUCGUCUCGCAUUUCUCACGUUUCCCACUCUACACAAAUCUUGCAACCUGCCUACGACGAGAUGGAUCGAUUGCAGAGAGUUCUGCUAAAACUGGACGACACCAGCUGCAGCAAGAUCAGGGCGAAGGUGAAUGCUGUGGAUGAACGAAUCAAAGAGGUAGUUUGGGAAUUUGAAGAUUUACUUGAAUCCCAUGUCUUACAUCAGAUUCUUCCACAGCUCGAAAGCGAGAGAGACAGCUUGUCAUUCUCUGUAGAUCUUCAGAGUCUGCAACACCGUGUUGAUUGCUUCGUCGAGAUGGUGACGAUGAUGGAGGAAGAGUACAUCAUUGAAAUGGAGAAUAUGCCUGAAGAAGAAGGCCUGCCUAUUUCCUCAAGAAUUGAUUUUGGUGGAAUGAUCAAAUCAAAGAUGGUUGGAUCUUCUGAUCAUUUUGAAAAAGUGAGAAAGUAUCUUCUUCAAGAAACUAACAAUGAGCCAUAUUCGAUUAUUGGGAUGGCGGGCGUUGGAAAGACAACUCUUGCUAAGCAUAUUUUUAAAGAUCCAUCAAUUCAGAGCCAUUUUGAGUUUCGAGCAUGGGUCAAUGUGGGCAGAAAAUGUGAAUUGUAUGAGCUAUUACGAUGCGUUCUAGCUCAAGUGGAUCCCAACACUUACCAAAAGCUUACCCAAAGAGAUGAUGAUGAGGCAGAAUUUGUUGGAAUCUUGAAAGAAAGUUUGAAGGACAAGAAAUGUCUCAUUGUGUUGGAUGAUGUUUGGGAGAAACAAGGAGCAAAUCUCUUUCAAAAUUGCUUGCGAGAAGAGAAUAUUGUUGGAAGGAUUCAAUUCUUACUUACAAGUAGACAAAAAAUGGCAUUCAUGCACGAUAGGUACGAAAGAGUAGGCUUGUUGAAUGAAGAAGAAAGUACGAAACUACUUGGUGAGAAGGUGUUUGGUGAAGAGGGUUUCCCUCCACAGCUUAAGGAACUGGGAGAGAAGAUUGCCAAGAAAUGUGAAGGUCUUCCUCUGAUGAUAGUCACGGUUGCAGAGCUCCUAUCAAAAGCUGACAAGACUUCAAAAUAUUGGACUGAGGUACUCAAGAAACGUAGUCCAAUCUUUGUGGAUGCUUAUAAUCAAAUAUCUGAGGUACUUUUUCCAAGUUAUGACUACUUACCCCAAUAUUUAAAAAUGUUUUUUCUCUAUAUGGGAGCUUCCCGUUCAUAUAGAAAUUUUGAUGUAAGCACGCUCAACAUUCUGUUGAGUGCUGAGGGGUUUUUUCAACCGAUUGGAGAAGGAAAUUUUAGAACAUGCUUCGAAAAUCUUUCUGUGUCGUAUCAUCUUGUUCUUACCACAAAUGAAUAUUGGUUUUGGGAUAGAAAGUAUCGUGUGCAUUCUUGUUGGCAGCAUGUGUGUAAGGAAGAAGCUAGUAGGAUCAAGUUUCUGCAUGUCUUACAAAGUUGUGAUGAUGUCAUAAAAGACCAGCGCCGCUUGUGUGUUCAUUGGAACAGUCUAUUUUGCUUCAAACAAGUUUGUGAUUCGAUAAAAAGUGAUUGUGCAUCCACCGCACGUUCUCUUCUUUGUUUUGGUCCUUAUCACCCAUAUCCAAUCCCAAUACAUGCCAUGGGUUUCAAGUUGCUCAGGGUACUAGAUGCUGGUUAUGUCCGAUUUUACCAUAUCCCAAUUGAAAUUUUGAAGCUAGUUUGUCUGCAACACCUUGACCUAAUUUACAACGGGGAGCUCCCUCCUUCCAUAUCCAACCUUUUUCAGCUUCAAUUCUUGGUUAUUUCAAUAUACAUGUUCAUUAAAAAGCGUGGAGUUCAGUCAUAUGUGCCUGUGGAAAUUUGGGACAUGCAAGAACUAGAACAUCUUGAGAUAUGGGGAAGGGACCUACCAACCCCUAAUACUGAUGAUGCUACCCUGAACAAACUCACUGGACUUGUUGGUGUGAGUGCAAACAGUUGUACAAGAGAAGUUCUCAAAAGAAUUCCUAAUUUAACGCUUUUAAGAAUUCAAGUGGAGUCGAAGCCUUAUGAUGAUGAUGAUGAAAGAAACCCAUUGAGUUGCUUGAGUUAUAUCUCACAACUCCAGAAUUUGGACACACUUGUAUAUAAGAUCAUGAAUCCUGUGAUAAAGUAUGAGCGUAAUACGAUUCCUCUUUCAAUGUUCCCAUCAAGUCUCUCCAGGUUAUUUUUGAGUGGGUUGGGGUAUCCUUGGAAGUACAUGAAUGAGAUUGGUUCUCUGCUCCCAAAUCUCAAAAGUCUCAUAUUAGAAUGCUAUGCCUUCCGAGGUCCAGAGUGGGAAAUAGAAUCAGGGGGUUUCUUGAAACUUGAAGAACUUGAAAUCGAAGACACAGAUUUGGUGCAAUGGAGACCUCAACGUGGAAGCUUUCCGAAACUUUGUUGCCUAAACAUGAGUCAUUGCUACAAAUUACAACAACUCGAUUGGCCGUAUGAUCAUUCUUGGAUCGAACGUAUUGAAUUAAUUGACUGCAAUCCUUUAGUUGUUGCUUGUGCCAGUCAAUUAAAAGAUAAGUUUUCAUUUGAACUUACCGUCGAAUCCUCUUCAUGAGCUCAAGCGACUCUGCAACUUGCGUAAGAGGCAAAUGAGAGAGCUAAAGGGGUCAGACACCGUGUAACCAAAACUGUUGUAAGUUGGAUUUGUGUGAAAACGUUAGUCGAUCUCUUAUUUAAGGAUUUGUAAUUUUUAUGUGUUUAACAGGAUUUUGGCUUUGUUGUGAUAUUAUGUGUUAUCAGUUUAUGCUUUUUU